CGCGUUGGUGUCACCUAACUAAUGCUAGUUCCGCACAUUUGUUUUUUUUGUUACAAAGGUUCAAUAAAAACUGUAAAUAAAUUAAUAAACACAAAUGGAAACAUAAGUAGACGAACAAAUACAUGGAAAUGUUAUGAACUAGACCUGGACAUUUUUAUCUCAAUCCGAAGUACCUAUCUAAAUCUGAACCGAAAAAUCAAAACCAAAUCUGAACUGGUAUGCAAAAAUAUCUGAACGGGACUUAUGAGCUUAAUAGUUUAGGGUUUGGUUAUAAUCCGAGCUGAACCGAAAUCUCCGAAAAUAUCCAAAUUUUUUAAAUAGAUUAAUGUUUUAAUAUAUGAUAAGGUGAUUUAGAUAUUUUCGAAUUUUCAAAAUAUUUUUGUAGUUUGUUUUAUUUAUUAUUUUGAAUAUUUUUUACGUAAUUUAGAUAGUUUAAUUAAUUUUAAUUAGAUUUUUGAAUACUUUUUAUAUUUUGAUUUUUUGUCAAUUUUUUAAGUUUAAAAAAUAUAUUUUUGGAUGCCUUUAAACAUUGGUUACAAUCCGAUCCGAAGCGAAUCCAGAAGGAACCGAACUAAACCCGACCUGAUAAUUAAUAAAACUCGAACAGAACUUAUGAGCAUUAUACCCAAAAUCUAAAAAUUUGAAUCAACUGAACCAAAACCGACAGGUCCUUGAACGCCCGAGCCACAAACUCGAUAAUGACUUUUGAUUUAAAAAAAAAGAAGUGUGAAACAAAUUAGUUUUACGCUGAAAGCCUGAAAUAGCUUUUUUUUUACUUAGUAAACUGAUGGUGUAAACCUGGUGGGCUUAUAAAGUAUGGGCUACUCUAUAGGUUCAACUAAAAACCCUUGAGCGAACUUGUGUCACCUUUUUCUACUUCUCAUGUUUAGCUUGAAUGCCAUUUAAAAAAAAAAGAAUAAUGAAACAUCUGUGUGGCAAAUACAGAAUUUGGAAUGCAUAAUUGGAUCCGUGAGAUGUUUGUGGAGGCAGAAUUUACUUGGACUUCGGGAUGCUCUAAUCAAGUAGCCAGACUAUCUUGUUCAAAUGAAUAAUGAUUCUUCAUUUGUAAUUUUUGUAUGGUCCAACAUUGUAUUGACACAAGUCACACAAUCCUCCACGAGAACCACCUGCUUUCUAAAAUCUAGAAAAAGAAAGAUGUUUAAAAAGCAAGUACAAGAUCUAGCUCCAUUGCUUAAAUGUUGAAUGCAUGAUAAUAUGAUAUGCAAAUAUGCAAUAACAUGGUUUGAAGCCACCACAUCCUCCAUUUUUCUAAUAAUUAUGGAGACCUAAAAUAAGAGUUUUACAAUUUGGUUAAAAGUUUGUUUUUCUGUUUCUCCUUGAAACUCUCUCUUCCCUUGAUUUUCCAAACAAAAACCUUCGUUUCACAAUCAAAAUAGACACAAGUAAACACCUAAAAAGAAAAAAACAACACAGACCACAACAAACAGAACACAAAACUAAAAGAAGAGAGAAAUCGACAAUCAAGAGAAUUUGAAUUCAAGGGAAACUUGCAAAUAAUUUUUAAAAAUUAUUUAUUCCCUCUUCAUUGAUGAAUUCUUGUGGGUUACGUUGUCUGUUUAUUCUCCUGUCGUUUCCAUAUCUCCUUCAAGCCGAUCUCUCGUCUGAUUACUACAGCAAAACAUGCCCCGACUUCGACCAAACACUCGUCCAAGUCGUCACCGACAAACAGAUCGCAGCUCCCACCACAGCCGCAGGAACACUCCGUCUCUUUUUCCAUGACUGCAUGGUCGACGGCUGCGACGCCUCGAUCCUCGUCGCUUCUACUUCCGGUAAAACCUCAGAACGCGACGCUGACAUCAACCAUUCCCUCCCCGGAGACGCAUUCGACCUAAUCACCCGAAUCAAAACAGCCCUCGAGCUAAAAUGCCCCAACGUCGUCUCAUGUUCCGACAUCCUCGUGGGAGCAACGCGUAGCCUCGUCAAAAUGGUCGGAGGUCCAAGAAUCAACGUCAAAUACGGUCGCAAAGACAGUCUCGACUCCGAUAUGAACCGUGUCGAAGGAAAGCUAGCUCGCCCCAACAUGACCAUGGACCACAUCAUCUCCAUCUUCGGAUCAGCUGGCUUGACCGUGCAAGAGAUGGUGGCGCUCGUCGGAUCGCACACGAUCGGUUUCUCUCACUGCAAAGAGUUCGCGAGCCGAAUCUUCAACAGCAACGCGGAGCACAGCGCUGACUUUUGCCCCGAAGGGAUGAACUCGAAAUACGCUGCGGAGCUGAGGAAGCUCUGCUCGAACUACACCAAGGACGCGGAGAUGUCUGCGUUUAAUGACGUUUUUACCCCUGGGAAGUUCGACAACAUGUAUUACAAGAACUUGCAGCACGGCUACGGGCUGCUCGAGUCGGACCAGGCGAUCGCGUUUGAUAACAGGACGCGUCCGUUUGUUGAUCUUUACGCGGCGAACGAAACGGCGUUCUUCGACGCGUUUGCGAAGGCCAUGGAGAAGUUUAGCGAGCAGAGGGUGAAGACGGAGUUGAAUGGAGACGUUCGAAGGCGGUGCGACCAGUACAAUGACUACAGGGGGUAAACUAUAAGAGUUACCUCUUUAAACGCAUGCACACGUUAAGAAAAACUGUCAUAUUAUAUUAGUAGUUAUCACCACAAUGGUCAGUGAUUGUUGAGUUUGUUACAUUUAUUGGUUGAAACUUGUAUCAAUCACCAGUAUGGUGUGGACAAAUCUAUUUUUUUUUUUGAAACUUUUUCGUGUCGAUGAGUGUGUGUUUUCCUGUGUUGUUUUUUUGUAUGUUGAUUUAUCAAUUCUAACUUUAUUUGAUGCAAAUUAAGAUAACAUAUCAAAUUCAUAUAAUGUUAUUAGCACAAACCAUUAACAUGGUCAAAUAAAUAUAAUUGUCAAAAAUAAAGAGUUGAUUAAUACGAAUGAUAAGUUGGAGAAAAUAUCAAAUGAUUUACAGAUACAACAUGCCUAAGGUAAAGGGA